AUGAAAUCCGAAACAUCUGUUCGGUAUUCAGAAAUCGAGCAUUCGCUCAAGUUCUGGCAAGCAGCUAGAUUGUACUAUCCAGCAGCAUUAUGGGUUCUCUAUAUGAACCUUGCGACUAUGCUCAAGGGUAUGGAUGGAGGUAUUACUGGAAGUCUGAUUGGUCUUGACCCGUUCAAGAAGACAUACGGACGCCCUUACAACGACACAUUUGUCGUUCCAGCCGCCUGGGUCAGCGCUUUCGGUUACGCGAACAACAUUGGAGGUGUAUGCGGUGCUCUAUUCUCUGGUGUCAUCUAUGAAAGAUGGGGUCCUCGAAGAAUGAUUGCAGCGUGCUCUCUCGGAUCGAUUGGCAUCAUAUUCCUCCAGUUCUUCAGUACCACACCUGCACAGCUGUUCGUGGGCCAGUUGCUCAAUGGUGCUAUCAUCAGCUUCUUCCCCAUUUGUGCAUCAGCGUACACUAGCGAGGUGUGUCCCUUGGCUUUGAGGGGCGUGAUGGCUUCUUUGACCAACCUUGCAUUUAUCUGCGGUAAACUCAUCUCCUCGGGAAUCAUGAAGGGUACAAAUUCUAUCGAGAGUUCGAUGGCUUACAGGAUUCCCAUCGCUACACAAUGGGCUCUGCCUGUCUUCAUGCUAUCCCUGGUAUAUUUCUGCCCAGAUCCUCCCUAUUGGCUUUGCCGCAAGGGGAGACACGAAGAUGCCGCACGAUCGCUCAAGCGCUUUGCUACUAACGAGGUCGAUACUACGCUCACGCUGGUCAACGUUCUGGAAACUUUGCAUAUGGAAGAGGCGUCAAAGCAAGAUCGUCCCAACUAUCUGGACUGCCUCCGUGGCACGGAUCUCAGGCGUUUAAUCAUCUGUGUAAUGGCGUAUGACAUGCAAGCCUUUACUGGUAACAUGUUGUUCAUCAGCUAUGCAGUCUACUUCUUCGAGAUGGCUGGCUUGGACUCUGCAAAUGCAUUUUCCAUGAACCUUGGCUUGACUGCUCUUGGGUUUGUCGGUACUUGUGCUGCUUGGCCUCUUUUGUCUUACGUUGGUCGUCGUCCUGCGUAUCUAUUUGGCACAAUUGGACUUGCCACAAUCAUGUUCCUUAUUGGAGUCAUUGACUUUGCGCCUCGCUCAACUUCAGCGCCUACCUGGGCGCAAUGUUCGUUGAUGCUUCUGGCGAACUUGAUAUAUGACACGACUAUCGGGCCCUUCUGCUAUGUCAUGCUUGCCGAGGUACCAUCAGCAAGGCUUCGUGGUCUCACAAUCGCCUUGGCUACAGUCUCCGUCCAAGUCGUAUCCAUCAUAUUUGCUGUAGCUAUACCUUACGCCAUGAACAAGGACCAGGGCGAUUGGCGGGGCAAAGUCGGUUUCUUGUUCUCUGGACUCGGACUCCUGUGCGCAAUUUACUGCUUCUUUUUCAUGCCGGAAACACGGAACAGGGCUUUCGAAGAACUUGAUGUGUUGUUUGAUAAAAAGGUUCCGAGCAGGCAGUUCGCGGCAUACAAGAUUGACGCGGAGACAGAAAGCUCAGAGAAAAUGCUUGCGGAAAAAUCAUACGUAUAG